CCAAGCUGACCAUUAUAAUUUAUAAGCCAGGCAGCUAGCGGCUAUAUAUACACAGUUCACAGACAACAAGGGAGUAAAGACAGUAUCCCCCAGCCAGCUUGCACCAACCUAACUACUGCGUUUCAAUUCUUUAAUUCGCCAUGAAACCCAUGGCCGCCGUAGGGACAACACCUCCGCCUUCCAUGCCGUCUCUUAUGUAUCGUCUUUCCGUCGUCACUGCUCUACUCCUCCUCCUCCAUAUUACCGGCGGCAGAGCUGCCGCCGCCACCGCCGAAGCGGACAGGAUAGUGUCGCUCCCCGGACAGCCCAAGGUGGCGUUCCGGCAGUACUCCGGGUACGUCACCGUCGACGAAACCGCCGGCCGCGCGCUGUUUUACUGGCUGACGGAAGCCCAGUCUCAGCCCCUGUCCAAACCGCUCGUCGUUUGGCUCAAUGGAGGUCCGGGUUGCUCCUCCGUGGCCUACGGUGCAUCCGAAGAAAUCGGACCGUUUAGGAUAAACAAAACCGCCUCUGGGCUUUACCUCAACAAAUUCUCAUGGAAUACGGAGGUCAACUUGCUCUUCCUCGAAACCCCGGCCGGUGUCGGUUUCUCUUAUACUAACCGAUCUUCUGAUCUCCUCGACACCGGAGAUCAUCGCACUGCAAAGGACUCGUUGCAGUUUCUAAUAAGAUGGAUGGACCGAUUCCCGUCGUACAAAGGCCGGGAUGUGUAUCUGACCGGCGAGAGCUACGCCGGGCAUUAUGUUCCUCAGCUCGCCAGAGAGAUUGUGCACUAUAACGCGCAUUCCAAGAAUCCGAUCAAGAUUAAAGGGUUCAUGGUGGGGAACGCAGUUACCGACAACUACCACGACAACCUGGGAACGGUGACGUACUGGUGGAGCCACGCCAUGAUCUCCGACAAGACUUACCGGCAGCUGGUGAACACGUGCAACUUCCGGCAACAGAAAGAGUCCAACGAGUGCGAGUCGCUCUACUACUACGCCAUGGACCAGGAGUUCGGGAACAUCGACCAGUACAACAUCUACGCGCCGCCGUGUAACAACUCCGACGGCUCCACCCGCCACCACAUGCGCCUUCCCCACCAACCCCGCCGCGCAUUCCGCCCCUUGUCCGGCUACGAUCCCUGCACUGAAAAAUACGCUGAAAUUUACUACAACCGACCCGAUGUCCAGAAAGCCAUGCACGCUAACACCACAAGAAUCCCAUACAAAUGGACAGCCUGCAGUGAAACAUUAAACCGGAAUUGGAAUGACACCGACGAUUCAAUCCUCCCAAUUUACCGGGAGCUAAUCGCCGCCGGUCUGAGAAUCUGGGUUUUCAGUGGCGAUGUAGAUUCGGUAGUGCCAGUGACAGCAACACGUUACUCUCUAGCGCAGCUUAAGUUGUCUGUCACAACUCCGUGGUAUCCUUGGUAUGUCAAAAAUCAGGUUGGAGGAUGGUCCGAGGUAUACAAAGGGCUAACGUUCGCGACGGUACGAGGAGCUGGACAUGAAGUGCCAUUGUUUAAGCCCAGAGCAGCAUUGCAGCUUCUGAGAUCAUUCUUGAGAGGGGAACCUCUUCCCAAAUCAUAGUAUUAUCAAUUGUUGUAUGUUUUGUGUACUUUGAGUUACGGAAAAGUCUAAAGUCUUUCAACUGUUGUUAACGAACGUGAUUCUUAAUUGGAUUGGGGAAUAGGUAACAUGGAAAGUGUAUGUUUUUAAAUGUUGAUUAGCAAACAUGUGGGAAUAAAAUGGAGACUAAAUGGUCCGUAUGGGCCCGUCAAUUAAAA